AUGUUUCACGAGAAACUAGACAAUUUUUUUCUUUUCUUUUAUUGUAUUUCGUUCCACCUCUUUAUUUUUUGCUUGUUUUUCAACUCACUCUUAUUUUAUUCUUUUUUGUUUCUUUUUCUUUCUAUUUUUCUUUAUCAUGUUAAUACUUCGCUAUUUCUAUUCUUGCCUUCUUUAUUAUAUAUUCCUCUUUUUAUAAGCUUCCUUUCUUUUCUUUUUUUUCUUUUCUUGUUGUUCUUCGUGUUUCUUCUCAUUCCUUGCUUCUCUUUUCCUCCUCCUCCUCCUUCAAUAGUCUUCUUCUAUUUCUUUUUCACAAUCCUUCAUCUUUACUCUUAUACAUCAGUUUUUCAUUUCUUACUUUAUUCUUUAAUUCUUUUUCACUUUUCUUUUCAUUAUUUUUCCUUGCUAUUAUUCUCCACUUUUUUCUCGUUUAGAUUCUCUCUUUACUUCUUUGUUUCACUUUUCUUUUCAUUAUUUUUUCUUGCUUUUAUUCUCCACUUUUUUCUCAUUUAG